AUGGAAGACUCAUCAACAAUGCCAAUCUGGGCAUCCAUGCUGGACCUCCCCCAAGAGAUCCUCGACAUCAUUACCCCUCUAAUCUCCCACAACGACUACCCAUCCUGUAUCCUCGUCAACCAUUACUGGUCCACUAUCUUUACACCCCUCCUCUGGAAAGUCGUCCGAGUGGGCGACAGGACCAUGCAAGAAUGCUUCGGGACCAGAGAAACCCGGAAUGCCCUGGCUCGGAAUUGUCAACAUAUCCGCGUCGUCGAAACCACAGACCCAGCCAUCGUCUACUUCCUUGCCUACUUAUCUCCAAUUACUAAACUCGACUCGUUGACUAUCCGCCUCAAGGACCAUCCCACCUCAUCUAUCCUCUUUUCGACCGCUAUGACUGUGACAGCCGCCACCACCACCACCACCACCACCACCACCACCACCACCACCACCACCGCUGUCGCCGCGAUGACCAACGACAACUCCAAGGGAACCUUGGACAUCCCAAGGUGUGCCUCUACGGUGAUUCGGAUCCUGCAGAAUAACCGUGAUCUGCGAUACCUGAGUCUGGACGUGGGCUGUUUCCGAUACGAGGAUGGAGGGGAGGCUAUGACGAAUUUGGUUUCGGUCUUUCCUACUGCCAAACUAGAGAAACUCGAGCUCUCGUUCCUCAACUCGGUCUCAUACGACAGGGAGCUUGGCGACGAGGGGAACGCUGAUACCGAGAAAUUGAUUGAGUACUACUUGGCCAAGCAUGAGCCUUUUCACGCCUUGAAGGAGGUCGUCAUCACUGGUGGAAGCCAGAACGAUAUGGAUAUCAACCGGUUGAUGUUCUUGUUCCGGUGCCAUAAUGUGGAGACUGUUCGACUGCAUCGUCUGGAUAGCAACGCUAUGAAGGCCUUACGGGUGUUCCUCAGGGCUGGAUGUCCCAAACUCGUCAACCUGGAGUGGAGAAAGGGCCUCCACGAUCCGGAGGAGUUUAUUGUAGGCCUGCUGAAAGCAUCUAGGCAGGGAUGGAGAGAAUUGCGACUGCCGGACAUGCCCGAGUUUGAUACCGACUCGUGGGAGGCACUGAUGGAGCACGUUGAGACGUUGGAGGUCCUUCGGAUAGAGAGCGCCGAACGCCUCCCGCCGAAUGGUAUGGUGGAUCUGCUAUGUUCGGCUAAGAGGCUGAGGCGCCUGGAGGGGAUCGCAGAUCGGCAGAGGAAGAGGUUUACUGUAGAGCCCAACGUAAAUGCGUGUGAAUCCUUCCUGGAGCACUAUAUAGACCACAUGGGGGAUCGAUCAUGGGUACUGGGGCCUUCAAUGGAGCAUCUCCAGCUUCAAAUUCAGUGUGUGCCCCGACCGGAUGUCCUGUACCGACAGAGCGGCGGCGAGCUGAUGUUUCGGCAGACAGGGCUGGAUCCAGCUCUAAGAGUGCCUGUCCAACAUUGGAUUUACAAUCAACUCGGCAGGAUGACAGGACUUCAGGAGCUCAUUGUUGGAUUGAUGGAUCUUAGCGAAAAGACGAUGGCGAGUCGUGGCGUGGAUCGGUCGAUGGACUCGGUUGCGUUGGAGGAGGCAUUGUUGGGGAAUGACCCACAUGUAUUCAAUUAUUUGUCGUUGGAGUUUUCGCUGGAGAGUGGGUUGAGUCUGUUGAGUGGGUUGAAGGAGAUGCGGAUGCUGGAUGUUCGGUCGACUGCUCAUUAUAUUGGGGUUGCGGAGCUGGAGUGGAUGCAUGUGAAUUGGCCCAUGCUGGAGACAAUCAGAGGGUUGGGGACGGAUUGGAGGUGGUCUGUUAAGUAUGCGGAGGGACCAGCUCGCAAGGCUGCUGUGGAAGCAUGGAUGGCUGCUCACCCCCUUGGUAUUGGGUCUUCUUUUUAUCCCAAGCCAAGCAAUUAG